CUAAUCGUCAAAUUAGAAGAGAGAGAGAGAGAGAUACACAGAAGGAGAUGGACACAGUCCUCUGCGACGAGCUCCUGGAAGAAGUCCUCCGCCGCCUCCCGCCGCGUUCCGCUUUUUCCCCCUCCACCUCCGAUGUCUCCCUCGUCUCCAAGCGGUGGCUCCGCCUCUACCGCUCCACCAGAUCCACCCUCUCUCUGCUCCUCUCCCCCGAAAACUGUGCGCCCCACUCUCUCUCCUCCUUCCUCUCUCACUUCCCUCACCUCUCCUUCCUCUCUCUCACCAUCGGCGACGACGUCUCGAACUUCUCCGAUCACCUCCUCCUCUCCGUCGUCUCGUCCUUUCCCAAGCUGAGGCUUCUCUGCCUCCAACCCAACCCACUCUCUCUCUCCCCUCUCCUCUCUCUCUCUACUUCGUGCCCUCACCUCACCUCUCUCUACAUCGCCCUAUCUAGGCCCUUAUCUUUCCACUGGCUCCUCUUCUUCCACUCUCUUAAGAACCUUGGCGUCCAUUUCACCUCCGCCCCCGUUCCCGUCCCCUGUAAAUCCAAAAGAGUCGGUAAAUCCAAAAGAGUCGAUGCUGCUUCGAAAGGGAAGAGCGUCGAUUUCACCUCCGUCCCCAUCCCCAUCCCCGGUGGAGUUGAUGCUGCUUCGAAAGGGAAGAGCUUCGACGAUGCUGAACUGAAAUUAGAAACCCUAGUUUUAUCCGGGAUCCGACGCGGCGAUCUUGGUUUGGAUUGGCUGUGGAGAAGCUGUAAAAAGCUUAAGAAACUGCAGCUACGCCGCUGCGAGGGAAUCGGCGAUGAUACGUCGGUUUCGUCGUUGGUUAAUUGCUUCAAGGGCCUCCAAGAAGUGGAAUUGAGGAUUUGUGGAUCCAUAUGUAAUGAGAUUUUAUCAAUAUUGGCUGAGAAUGGUACAUCUCUGAGCUCUCUGUUGGUACAUGAUGGUGGCAGCAGACAGGGAUUACUUCAAUUCAUUACACACAGCUGUUGUAAUUUACGAAAACUCGAUUUACGUUUACCUCUUGAUGUUGAAAACAAUCACUUAUCGGCCGUGGCCCAGAAUUUCAGGGGUUUGUCGAGGCUUCGGUUACAGAGUUGUUGUCUUGUUACUGGUCAAGGGCUUAAGACUAUUGGGUUAGCCAUGAGUAAUGAGCUUGAAGAAUUGGCUUUGAUAAAUUGUGAAAUGGUUGAAAGAGAACCGGGGUUGUUGACAGCUUUAGGACAGACUUUAAGAAAUUUGAGGAAGUUGGACUUGUCUUAUAAUGAGAAGUUGAUGGAUGAAGAGCUUAUAUCGAUGCUUGAGUCGUGUAAUUGUUUGAGGGAAUUGAAGGUGAGGGGGUGUAGAGGGUUGACAAAUGCGUCCGUGGUUUCGACGUUUAAGAGCUGUAAGCAGUUGGAGAUUGUAGAUAUAAUGAAUUGUCCUGGGAUUGAGGCUGAGGCUGUUGAGUUAUUUGUUUUGAAUUGUCUGCGGUUGAAGCAGAUACAUGUUGAAGAAAGCAAGCUUUCAAAUGUUUCCAGGUUGUGGGCUUCGAAGAAGUUUGUUGAGGUUAUUGCUCGGUAUAGCUGAUUGGGAAGGGGGAGAACUGAAGAAGGGCCAUUUUUAUCUUUUUUUAAGGGUUGCAAAUCGAUGCAGUGCUCCUCUUUGGCCUAAUGUUGCGGCGAUUGUUUUUUUCCCCGGUUCUCUUUGUUUACAUUUGCUUCAGUUGUACUUGUUUGAAGACUAUGGGUUGUGUCUGUUAGAAGAUGCGUGUAUCUUUUUUGGAGCUUCAAAUUAGCAUUUGGUGACCAUUUCUUAUCUCUACGAAUGAGGAUUAUUUCGUUGGACAAGCUUAGUCCUUUGGUAAUGAGAGGAAUUGAUGCUUUGCAUGAAAUUCUAAUGCUAUAUUUACUGGCUAUUAUUUGCAACUAUGGAAUAGUUUUAGGGAUAGUGACACUGAUCAUAGCCUUCUUUGCUGCAGCUUAUAUGCGUGCAUAUAGUUCCGUCUUUUCCCCGUUGCGUGACCUAAUUUAUUGUUCCCUUUGCUAUGGUUAGUGCUUCUGUGUCACAAUGAUGCUGCACUUGUUAUGUUCCCGUUCACCAUUUUCAUUUACUCCAUGUAUCCUUGAUUUUAGACUAACUAUAGAAUUAGCGACUCAGAUAUGCAUGUCUCUUUUUUCUUUAUCAAUCAAGGAUUAUGCCGCCGAACUACCUAGUUUCUGACUAAGGAAAUUUGUAGUUUCCAGUCAAAUUAUAAUGUGAACAAGUUCAUUUUAUUGGGUGUUGUGAUGAUGUUUAAAAAUCAAGAUUUAAGGGGACAUGGAACACGCUGUUAUUCUGUUUGGUGGUGCGGACUGAUUGUAGCUCUUAAAUUUUAGGUUGUCUAAUCUAAGAAGAAAAAGGCUUCGUUGAUGUGGUACCUUGAUAGUGAGACUGGAUGGGUAUUGAGAAUUGAACAUCUUUGAAGAGUUGGGUACAGAAUACGGAGACUUUUUGAUCAACUAUGAAAUCUACCCACUGAUCUCUGAAUUUUUGGUCUCGAAGGAGUUCUUGUUGUUUCAAGGUGGUGUGAUAUUGAUUAAUCAGCUCUUCUUCAAGAAAUGAAAAGGUUUCAAGUGUUAGCAUUUACCGGUUCAUGUUUUGAAAAUUGCAGGAUUGCUUCACGCUUUUUAUGAAAUCAUGGUGGGUGGUCCAGGCCCCUUCAAGUCUAAAGAGUCUAAGGCUAGGCUUGGGUCUCACAAUAUUGCUGUUACAUAUUAACAGGGGACAGUGAUCAAAAUAAGUAAAUUCUUAGGAGGUUUCUAGUUGAAGCAUCCAGAAUUUGGUUCACCAUCUAGCAUUACACAAAGCCUAUUGUUGCUCAAAAGUUAAUUUCUGUUCCGAACACCCAAGGUCAAUCAAACUGCGGUUAUUGAUAUGAAAGAAAUCUAGUAUAAUAGGCAUGGUCUGGAGAACACUAAAAAUAAAAGAAAUCUACUUCUUCCCAGAAAU